AUGGACCACGGUGUGCACUACUGUCUUCUAGCUCUUCUUCCUCUUGUGUACUUCCUGCUCAAGUCGUUGUGCAAGAAAGCUCCCUUGGGAUCUGGUAGCCGCCAUGGACUCGAGCUCCCUCCAGGCCCAUGGCAGCUCCCCGUCGUCGGCAGCAUCCACCAUCUCUGCGGCUCCCUCGUGCACCGCCCUCUGCGGGACCUGUCGCUCCGACACGGGCCUCUCAUGUUCGUCAGGUUCGGCGAGGUCCCGGUCAUCGUAGCGUCCACGCCGGACGCCGCGAAAGAGGUGAUGAAGACCCACGAUGCCAUCUUCUCGACGAGGCCACUGAGCUUCGCCAUGAAGACGGUGACCAAGGACCGCCUGGGCAUCGUCCGGGCUCCGUACGGCGAACACUGGCGGCAGCUCCGCAAGAUCUGCACCAUGGGCCUGCCUGCAAGGCGGAGGCGCUCCGGCUGGCGGUUCAAGGUGAAGGACCGGGAGACGUUGCUCCGCUACUUGGACGAGUGCGUCCGGCUGGCCGGCGGGUUCAGGCCCAGAGACCUGUUCCCUUCGUCGUGGCUGGCUCGUGCUCUGAGCCGCCGGGCAGUGCGUGAGGUACAAGCCUACUACCACUCCCUGUUCUCCUUCAUGGAUGGAGUGUUAGGUGAGCACCUAGAGCGACAAAGUUCACGUGAAGAAGAAGACGAAAAACGCGAUGGUCAUCAGAAGGAUUUGAUUGACGUUCUCCUCAGGAUCCAGAAGGAAGGAAACCUUCAGUUCCCUCUCACCACGAGGAUAAUCGAAGCAGUGAUAUUUGAUCUUAUCGGCGGGGCUAUCGAAACAGCAACAACAACGCUGCAGUGGGCGAUGACUGAGCUGAUGAGGAAUCCAGUGUAG